AUGGCCAAACUGGCAGAUCUCUCUGAGGAGAUAUACAACUGUUGUGUCAACUCCUGCUGUGCUUUUACUGGGACUUAUAGUGACCUAGACCUGUGCCCCUACUGCCAUGAACCUCGUUAUAAUGAAUCCGGUGCUCCAUGCCAACUCUAUCGCUACACUCCCCUUCUGCCACAUGUCCAGUCAAUGUACCUAAACAAGACUAUGGUCCAUCAACUCUCUUAUCGAUCAAAAUACAAGGCGAUUCCUGGAGAAAUAAACGAUGUUUUUGAUGGCAGUAACUACCAGAGCCUUUUGGGGGAAAAAGUGGAAAACAAUGGAACCCCUCUCUCUCAUAAGUGUUUUAGCGACCCUCGCGAUGUGGCAAUCGGUCUUAUGAUAGAUGGCUUUCAUAUAUUCAAGCGUCAGCGC